AUGGCUGUGGCAAUCACCUUCAUCCUGGCUGUGCUGGCUGUCGAGCAUGCACUGAAGGGUGAUCCGCAGAUAGAUGUGGCCACGGCCCAUCGGAUGCAGGAGCGUGAGGAUCAUCUGUGUCAGGAGAUGACUCGGCUGCUGCAGGAGGUUGAGCAGAUUGAACAGAAAGGCAAGCUUCUUUCUGUGUUGAAGCUGUGGGAGCUUUGGGCCACUAUAGGAGCUGCGGUCCUGGUUCCCCCCUUCCUCAUGGUCCGGGAUAUUUGGCUUGACUUGGACAGCGGCAGUGAGCAGGACAGCUCCAGCAGUGAUGAAGCGGACGACGAUGAGGAGGAAGACCUCAACAGUGCCUACAGUGGUGUCAGGUCUUUGGCUGCGUCCACCCCAUCGUCAAUGGAGGGCCUGCCCGACAUGUGCAAAGUGCUGAAGGAGGUGGUGGGUGACCUCCUUGCUGUCUGCCGAGUGCUUUCCAAGAAGGAUUUCAUGCCGCAGAUGCACCCGGCCCUUGGGAUGGACAGCACCUAUGAAGACUGGAGAGUCCACGAGAACAGCAUCACCUACCGCCUGCUCGUGUUGCUGCAGCCACCCCCUGGGCACUCUUUCAGCGCAGAGCUGGAGUCCACGGGGCAGCUGCCAGCCAGGACCUCCAGCAUCCGUGUGGUGCUGGAGUGCAUGUGCUCGAGGGAGCAGCUGCUGGGGGCUAGGUUCUGCUUACUCCACCACCCCAACGACAAGGUGCCGACAGAUCAGAGGUCCUACCUCCUAAGCACCCUCUGCACCAGCUCCGACUUAGAUCGGAAGAAAAUCGCCUGCUGGGUCCAAUAUUUGGUGGGAUCUGCCUGGCCGAUUUUGCCUCAGUCGCACCACUGCCAGCUAACGGUGCUGCCCUCCUCCCGAUCGUGCAGGUUCCAGCUGACAAGCACCUCCUUGAUGAACAUCUUCACUGAGAUGAUUUUUGCAGUGCAGCAGGACAGCUCAGACUCCUACCUGAACCUUGAGUAG